UUCUUCUGGACUCCUCUUCAAACAUUACGUCAUCGAAUGCGAUAUACUUUGUUAUGGCAGAUCCUGAAGUUUUCCUUUGUUCUCCUGUGAACGUCACGGCGUCAACUAUCACGUCAACUGAUGUCACACUGACUUGGACGAGACCUGAUCGCAUCACGAUAUUGUCCGACACGGAAGCUGAAGCAUGGCGAUAUAACCUUACCUGUUCUAGUUCAAGUGGCAAUGUGAUAACUACCACAAUACCUAGUAUACAAGACUCGUUGAAAAACACGAACCCGUCAAACAACACUUUGGUAAAUACAACCGACGCAAAGAAUAACACUGGGUCGAAUACAACUGACGCCUCCAACAGUACCGGAAUGAAUACAACUGACAUAUUCAACAACACUGGGUUAAACACAACAGACGUCUCUAACAGUACAGGAUUGAAUACAACUGACACAUUCAACAACACAUCUACAACAAGUUUACCUAAUACAUUUUCGCAUACGUUCACAAAAGACGACAAAAUUCAGGCUGACACGGAGUAUGUUUGUGUUGUUGCUGUACUUGAUGGAAAUUCCAAUUUCACAUCUAGUCCGCCGAGUCAACCAGGAAUAGUCAAGACACAAAGGGAAAGAGUGACACAACCAAAUCUAACUACCAGUGACAAUUCAACUAACUCGACAAAUUCAACCUACGGGAUCACACCUGCUGAUAUAUUCGACUGGGUACUUCCAAUUGUCUAUUAUGAUUUUAGUCAAACACAUCCGGACUUCGUGGGAUAUGAGACCGCCAUAACCACUAAACCAACCUACGUACCAAGUCCGUUUGGUUCAUGGUUGAAGCGGUCGGACAAUCUUAGCACUGACUCCUUUUCCUCCUGGUUUGUUGAUAACUUACCAACAAACAUGGCUGUUCAUGGUUUGAUCACUUUGCAGAUAAUUGGAACCGUUCCACCGACACAUAGGUACGAAUCUGAAACAUUUUAUCCAAUCGAUGGGAUUGGUUUUGGGGACACUCAGAAGGACUGCUUUGGAAAAGACCACAAUUUCGGCUUCACAUCCGCUCUCCGAGUAGGAUUUGUUUACCAAGGCAUCGAAAACGAAACAAUAGCCGUCGGGGGAGGGGAUGAUCUUUGGGUCUUCAUCAAUGACGUUUUAGUGUUAGAGGUCAUUACUAGAGGGAGCGGCUUUCCAUGUAAGAUGAUUGAUCUUUCACCAGCAUCAGCUGCAGGUGGUGCCGCAGUCACACCUAAGACAGGCAUCAUAGUCAGUGGACAAUGCGUCGUUACAAAGACAGAAUCGAUCGACAGCGUGUUUCUUGAACUAGCGGUUGGUGAGAGAUACCAUAUGUCAAUAUUUCACGCCGAGCGUAUCACGUGCUCCUCAGGUCUGUAUAUACAGACAGAAAACAUUCAGUUCCUUACUGACCCACUAAAGGAGUUCCCACCUGAUUACGUCAUCAAUCCGUUGGAGGACUUCCAUGUCAAUGGAACGCUCCAAGAGCUGUACCUCGCCGACAUUUUCUCAGUUGGACCUCCGUUCAAUGUCACAAUCAUACAAGGGAACGAGGCAAGGCAUUUCACAAUACUGGACAAUACUGCUGGAAACAAUUUGGCAGCUGCGCCCCCUACCGUCGUAACCCAAAACUACACUACAGUCGACAGUUUAUCCUAUGUUGAGUGCCCCGACCCUUCACCAGUGACUCCUCAGGGUAAUGACACAUCUAUAGAAACAUUCAUCGUAAACACUGAUGUGGCUCUGUUCACUCUCGCUUUGCCGUUUGAUUACGAGGUUAGCAGCUCAUAUAAUGUUGUAAUGGAGAUUGUCGAUCCUGGAAAAAAUCCGCCAUCCAACGGCACAAUCACAAUCAAGGUAAACGUACAAGAUAUCAAUGACAACUGUCCGGUGUUAAACGAGACCAACCUCCACUUAAAAGGCGAUCCCGCCCUGCAGAUCCUUCCUAUCGCUACAAUGACAGCAACUGACGCAGAUAGUGGCAACAACAGGGUGGUUUCCUACUACAUCUCUACUGUUAUAGAAAAUCCACCGCUAGACUUAAACCCCUCCCUGGACCUGUUUAAUGAAGUAUACACACAGACCACGAAUCUCAGCUUUUCGAUAAUUGCACUUGACGGCGGAUCCCCAGCCCGUGGAUCCAGAGCAACAUUGAUGUUUGAGGUGGAUAACUCCUGCCUUAUUGAUGCUUUGUACGGUCCUGUAAAUUACUCUCUUUCUGUGGACAACACUACGGGCCAGCUCGUGUUCAGGGCGCCAGGAUAUUACGUGUACUUACACAAUCCAGAAUGCGAUCAAGUGUUGGGGAUGGAGUCCGGGCAUAUAGGAGAAAAGGACAUUACAGCAUCGUCCUUUACCUACGAGGGCAAUCCAUGUCGUGCCCGACUGAACUUCCCUGGCGUUCCACAUACUUUGGGAAGCAUCCACGGAGGGUGGACUCCAGUACCGGACGCUGACCAGUGGAUACAGGUGUUAUUAAACAGCUCUUAUAAGAUCAAUCAGCUGAUGCUACAGGGACAGGCGGAUGAGGAUAACUGGGUCACCAGCUUUGGUAUCACAUACUGUACCGACGGUGUCACGUGGCUUAACUAUACAAAUGGGACUGGUGAUACAACUUUUGAAGGAAACAGUGAUAGGGAUACAAUAGUAACCAAUAUGUUGGAUCCGGAAAUCAUCACUCGGCUGAUCCGAAUACACCCACUGACUUGGAACAAUCAUGUGGGCCUCCGCCUAGAACUCGUCGGUUGUUCUGAAUUGCUAUUUAGAUACUACCGGACGACCUGUGAGCGAUGUCUGACCACCAACUACUGUGUAGGAGACGGGACCUCGUUACCAUGUGGACGGUGUGAUCCGCUCCAGGCCAACUCCACGUGUGGACGCUCUCAGACAGAACACUCGUUUGGACUUGCGUCAGAAUGUACCACAUGUCCACUCGGCUGGUUGUGUAAGGACGGGUACACGACACCCUGUCAAGAUUUUCACUACGUGAACUGUUCGGAUAUUGACUGUCCUUCGGAAUGCUACCCUUGUGAGUCAGGGAACGCAUGUCGGAAGGGGGUGAGAUUCCAGUGUAUUGAGGGGACAUAUUCGGAUGGAACGGCCGAGUUUUGUCAGCUGUGUGAUCCAGGAACUUACCAGGAUAAAAAGGGUCAAUCGUCAUGUAAGCCCUGUCCGACAGGCUACGCAUCAUCAAACACCCGAAGAAGUUGUGACGUAUGUCAAAGAAGGGCGUACCUUGACUUUGACACUGGGAGUUGCUUAGCAUGUGACUCUCAUGUCCAGUGUCCUUGUCUAGCUGAUACGUCAAUCUGUCAUACCAUACAACAAUGUUAUAACUAUCAGACUGGACCAGGUACAUACAGUCACGGUUGUCUCCCCUGUCCGCAUGGUUUUACAGGAGACGGAGCCACGUGCACUGACAUCGACGAGUGUGUAGUUUACGAACCUUGUUGGAAUACAAGCAGCUGCAUUAACACGUCCCCGGGGUACCAGUGUAAGGCGUGUCCUUUCGGGUACACGGGGACUUACGAAGACGCUCUAACUAUAGACCUUCACAGACGGACAUUCUAUAGGCAAAAUCAAGUACUAUCGUCCGAAAACCAAACCUGUACCGAUAUUGACGAGUGUUUGUUCAGCAAUGGCGGAUGUGACGUCAAUGCCUACUGCCAUAAUACAAUCGGAAGUUUCUAUUGUGCCGACUGCAUGCCUGGUUAUAUUGGGAACUUGAUCGUUGGUUGUAGACUAGGCGACUUCUGUUUGUCUGGGGAGAACAACUGUCAUGAAAAUGCUGAGUGUCAUUACAUCGGUUUGGGGGAGUUCCGCUGUAUGUGUCGGAGCGAAUGGGCAGGUGACGGAAUUCAGUGUGGAAUUGAUUCUGAUGGGGAUGGUAUAUCAGAUUACAUCAUUCCCUGUAGUUCUAACAGCUGUUUGGCCGAUAACUGUCGAUAUGUGGCUAACGGGGGUCAGGAAGACAGCGACGGAGAUCGCGCCGGUGAUGUGUGUGACGAUGAUGACGACAACGAUUACAUCUUCGACACAGAAGAUAACUGUCAAUACGUUACCAACCAAAUACAGACAGAUGUGGAUGGAGACGGUCGGGGAAAUCAAUGUGACAACUGCAUCAAUGACGUCAAUUAUGACCAGUCUGACGUCGACGGUGACGGGCUGGGUGACGUAUGCGAUGACGAUAUAGACGGUGAUAGCAUCCUAAACGGACUUGAUAAUUGUCCGUAUAAGGCAAAUUUAGGACAGGCAGACACUGACGGUGACACUGUGGGGGACAGCUGUGAUAACUGUAAAUCCGUCCCUAACGCAGCACAGACCGACACAAACCAGAACGGGGUCGGUGAUGACUGUGAUGGACAGGACAGUGAUGGUGAUGGCGUAAUUGACAACUUAGACAACUGUGUUAAUCUCCCCAACUCCGUACAAACAGACACCGACGACGACGGAAUGGGUGAUAGCUGUGACGAUGAUAUAGACGGUGACGGCGUACUGAACACGGCCGAUAACUGUGUUUAUGUUGCUAAUCCAGCACAAGAAAUGUUAAAUGGUCACAGAAGCAGGGGUGAUGCAUGUGAACAAGACAUCGACUUUGAUGGAACACCAGACUUUGACGAUAUUUGUCCAUUUAACAGAAAUAUUGCAAACGUCACGUUCUCGCGCUUCUUCACCGUCGACCUAAACCCAGAGUGGACUACAGAACUGUCCCCUGAGUGGUCAAUCCAAAACGAGGGCAGGGAUAUACACCAAUCAAAACAAACACUUAAACCAGUGGCGCUGAUCGGGGAACAGAAAUUUGACCAUGUAAUUCUCACUGCGACUACUUUUGUCAGUAGUAGUGAAGGAUAUGGUAUCAUCGGUUUCAUAUUGGGUUACCAAAGCAACCGGAGGUACUACCUGUUAACCUGGAGACAUAACUAUUUCAACAUAAAAGACCGCGGAAACGUAAAAGGCGUUCAAAUAUGGCUAGUAGACUCGGGGACUGCUCCCACUACUUCGUAUGCGUAUGCGUUAUAUCACGGUUGUGACACUGAUGGGAUUACAACGCUGCUGUGGCAAGAUCCAAAUCUGAUUGGCUGGGAGUCACACCAGGGAUACAGUUGGACAAUAGAGCAUAGUCCGUCUGUUGGACUCCUUAGAGUUCGAGUUGAACAAGGAGCCAAUACCAUCGUGGACUCCGGUAACGUGUUUGACGUGUCAAUACACGGCGGACGACUAGGGGUGUUCUCUUACAACCAGACAAGGUCCCUUUGGUCUAACCUCCAGUACCGCUGUACCGAAAGAUUAAAUAAGGCAUUGCAGUUUAAUGGAAGUACAUAUGGCGAAAUAGGGACACUUUCUUCAUUAUCCAUUGAUAGCAGUUUCGCACUUGAGGCUUGGAUCCACUUGUCCGCUGGUAGCCUCACCACCAAGCAACCGAUCAUGUGCACCAAGUCCGAUGACGUAUGUCUUUAUAUUGAAAGCAAUAAUUUCCAGGUGAAAGUUGGAGCUAGUGUCAUCGAAGGAACCAGAGUCAUAAUGGCGGAUACGUGGACACACAUUUUAACAGUGUACCAUGCGCAAUAUAACAGAGUGACUUUGUUUGUUGACGGCACAAACGGUCUUUCUACGCAAGAUAAGAGAGAAUACGGAAUACCGGCGCUAACAUGGAAUACUAGUGACGUGAUGUAUAUGGGGAGAGACAACAACGACAGCUAUUUUACUGGCAUGAUUGAUGAGGUUAAAAUUUACAAUGCUGCAAUCUCUGACGCCGAUAUAAACACUUACUGGCGGAAGUUUGACAUGACAAGAGAGUACAGGAAGUGUACAUUGUCGGCACACUACAACAUGGACAACCAGACCCAAUUGGCCCUACUUGUGGAUCAAGGAACACGUAAUCUUGAUGUUCGCUUGUAUGGGUUUCCAACUUUUGUCGAGAGCACGACAGACUACCAUCGUUUUUACGACUCGAUCACCUAAAUAUCAGAUAUGAUGCAGAACCCAAGAACAACUUCAAUGACGACUGAUCAAUGUCACCUGGUGUGUCAGUCUUUUGUUACAGUUCCUGACAGUGCUCGCAAGCAGGUGUAUACUACUUUACUAAUUCCUGUGUAGCAUUAUAGCUAAACUAUCUUUAUGAUAUAUUAUUAAACUGUUAUUACUUGUUGGUUAUGCAUGUCUAUGAUUACUGAACACAUUAUUUCUCAACUCAAAGUGAAAUGCAGCAAGGGUACCAUCUAAGAUAUAGCAGGAAAUGGUACGUCCCUAAUACAUACAAAGGAGUCUACAAAAUACUGAAGGAAUUGGAAGAUCUUUGUAAUUCAAACUUAAAAGCUGCAAAAACGUCGUCUAAGGCAAUACAGAACUAACGUCAAGGCAUGCAUACAAUGUAGUAUCAACUUCUCAUACAGUCUUCCUUUACCAGCGAUUCGUUAUGCAUAAACAAUAUAUUUAUGCGAGUAUUGUAAGCAUAAAUCAUAAUAUAUUGAUGUUCUGAUGUAGUUCAAUUGAUUUCCUAUUAAAUAUUAUUCAAUUGUAA